AUGUCACGUUUCUUCGAAGAGGACAUGGAGGAGUAUACUCUUCCACAGAAUGAGCGAGACAUACUUUUCAAUGCAACCUAUCCUCACACCAAACAUCUCGACUGCACCAGUUGCGACCCCAGUCAGAUCAUUCAACGAGCGCCACGCAACACCAAGAUCACUUCCGUCAAGGUUCACUACGGUACUAUCGCAUCUGGCAACCAAGUUAUCAAGGACGCCCAAACACGCGACCAAAUUGUCAAAGAUCUCGGCGGACAAGUCUUGUGCUUCGAGAUGGGAGCUGCAGGCUUGAUGAACGACUAUCCAUGUCUGGUUGUCAGGGGCAUCAGCGACUAUUGCGAUUCGCAUAAGAACGAUGGGUGGCAGAGGUAUGCAGCUGCCAAUGCUGCAGCACACACGCGGGAGUUGCUGCUAUUGAUACCUUCGGAAGACGUGGUGAGAUAG